GUUUAUUUACUAAUUACGAAAAUAUAUUGUCUUGCGAACAGAGAAAACAUGAAACAUCAAUCACUAUUUAUUCGAGUGAAUGUAGUAAUUUUAAUGGAUUAGAUUCAAUAUCUCCUACAUGUAAAUCUUUUGAUGCAUGCAAUGCUGUUUCUAAAUUUUUAAAUCAUUUACAGGGGAAUCAUAAUGAUACUUAUGCUGAAAAUGGAUUUAAAUAUAUGUACUAUUGGUUAUAUGUUGAUGUACUGAAAAGAAAGGUAAAACAUUACGAUACGAUUAAAUUGUAUAAGGAACUGAUUGAUAAAUAUGAAGAAAAAGGAUGGCACUUAUUUGAAAAAUGUAAAAAUCUAUUAAACGAGAAAAAUUCCGAAAAUCUUAUAAAACUCUUUACUUUAUAUAAAUAUUUUAAUAAAGUUGAAGCUAAUUAUGCACUUGAUAAAGAAAAAUGUAAAUAUGCUAAAGAAUGCGCUGAUACAUAUAUGCGUUACAUAGGUGAAUCCCAUAUAUGUGAUGACAAAGAUUUUUGCAGUCAAUUAGAAAAAUUUCGAGUAAAAUUUAAUAAUCAUCUUACAUCAAUAGAAUAUUGUGAUGAAUUAAAAGAAUUCCCACCCUUCCAAGUAUCUUCUCUAUCUGCAACCAUUUCACUCCCAGUUUCUGUAAUGUCGAUAAUAUCUUUAUUUUCAUUUAUUACAUAUAAGGUGGCUUCAUGGAUAAACCCUAAAUUAAUGAAGAAGAAAAGAUCCAUUAAUGAAUUAUUACAGGAAACGGAAAAUAUAGAAAAUAAUUCGAAUGGAAUUUCAUACAACAUCGCCUAUAAUUUGUCAGAAU